AUGUCUGACCAACUAGAAGUCAAAGAUGCGUACAAAAUCGACGAGUCGUCGUUUCCCUACAUUGUCGAGACCGACGUUGCGGUACCGUUGAAGACUACGUCGGGUAGUAUUAUUCGCUGCAAUGUAUAUCGACCGAAAUCGACCAAAGAGGGCUCAAAGUUGCCGGUCUUGGUGACUUAUGGUCCCUAUGGCAAGGACAUUCACUACAAGGACUUUCACGGCAAAUCAUACGCUGAAGUAAAUCCUGAGCACCAUUCCGAUCAUUCGGUAUGGGAAACACCCGACCCCGGCUUCUGGACGAAACAGGACUAUGUCAUUGUGCGCGCAGACGAGCGAGGUCUCGGACAGUCACCCGGUUUUCUCGAUACAAUGUCUCGCGGAACAAGCGAAGCAUUCUUCGAUGUGGUGGAAUGGUCAGCAGAACAACCUUGGUCAUCAGGCAAAGUCGGCCUACUCGGCAUCAGUUAUUAUGCUGGCUCGCAAUGGCGUGUCGCAGCUCGCAAGCCCAAAGGUCUGGCGGCAAUCGUCCCUUGGGAGGGCAUGAGCGACUACUACCGCGACCGGUGUCGUCACGGUGGAAUCUUGAGCAACAAGUUCAUCGACUUUUGGUGGAACCGACAGGUCAUCACAAACCAGUACGGUCGUCCUGGGCGAGCGGAGAGGAACUGGGGACCGGAUACUGUUGACGGCAAUCUCUCAGACGAAGUACGGGCUAAGAAUCGACAAGAUCAGACCAUUGACACUGCGAAGAACAAGUUUCGAGACCAGACAUACUACGCUAGCAAGGAGUAUGACAUGAGCGACAUCGAGGUACCGCUUCUGUCCGUCGGCAACUGGGGCGGCAUUUUGCUUCAUCUUCGUGGCAACAUUGAAGGAUACGCCCAUGCUGGCUCAGAAUUCAAGUACCUCAGAAUGAUCACAGGAAGACAUGAUCUGCCAUUCUACUACACCGAGGAGGUCGAAAUACAAAAGAGCUUCCUUGAUGCGUUCCUCAAGGGCGAUGAUCGCGUUGGCUGGUCUGUCAAGGGCAAACUUCCGCCAGUCGAUAUAGUCCUGCGCAAGGGCGACGUUGGUUUCAAUGAUGCUGAGAAAGAGAAAGUUUACGAGAGGAGAACUGAGAACGAAUGGCCCAUUGCCCGCACGCGGUACACAAAGUUCUUCCUCACCCCGUCCCAGUCGCUCACUCAAAUUCAACCCAUCAUCAACCGGCCUCAAAAGCUAUCCUACGAAGCACUCGGCACCCUGGACAAUCCAAAACUGCUGCAAUUCACAACAGCGCCGUUUGAGGAGGAGACAGAGAUCACUGGUCACAUCGUCGCGCAUUUGAAUGUUUCGCUAUCUCCUCAUGCCGCUGGAGCUACGCCUUCGGACAUCGAUCUCUUCCUUACCCUUCGCUACAUCUCCCCCGAAGGCAAGGAAGUCUACUACACCGGCACAGCAGGCGACCCUAUCCCUCUCGCGAAAGGCUGGCUACGGGUCAGCUUCCGCAAGACGAACCCCAACCACCCCAAGCAUCGCGAGUACCUGCCUUGGCGCGAUUACUUCAGCACUGAUGUGCAGCCUGUCAUACCAGGUGAUGUGUACUCCGUCGAUGUGGAGGUCUGGCCGACGAAUGUCGUGGUGGAGAAGGGAGGAAAGAUUGUGUUUGAAGUCAGCAGUGGAGAUACACAGGGCAGUGGUAUCUUCCAACAUAACCACCCAGAAGACAGGAGUGAAGAGGUCUUUGGUGGUCUGAAUCAUUUGCACUUUGGUGGGAAGUUUGAGAAUUAUGUUACGCUUCCGAUUGUACCGCCGAAAUAGAUGUUCACUAGAUCUUUUCAUGUAGAAUAGAGUCUAAAUUUG